AAUACAUUGAUUAGAGGAUACUUUUGAUAUAUGCUGCGCAUGAGAUUUAGGCAACAAUAGGCUCUAAUUAUCAUAAGCCAAAAAUGAUCAAGCCACUCUUAAACAUUAUCAUCAUUUGAUCUACCAUUGUCCCAUAUGAAAUCACACCCCACAGUAGUCCUGAUCACGAACUUUACAAAAUUAAAUCAUCGCUCAGAAGACUUCUAAAUUCUUUUGAAGUGAUAGUGUGAAAUUGGUUUUAAAUAGAGUUCAACAGUUAAUAUUUCUUUUAAUUAAUUUGUAAUUAAAUUUUAAUGAUUGUUGUUGUAGUAUAGAAUAAAAAAGAUGCUAAAAUUACAUACCGAAAUUAUCAUGCAGACCUGGUAAAGACUGGUUCUAGUUCUGGAAUUGGGCGGGCCAUUACCCAUUCCUUCUCUGUCGCUCUGCCUCUUCUAAUAUCUUUCUCUCUAUAGAUUUGCUCCGAACCCCGCAUUCCAUGGGGUCUGUGCUCUGCGACUGGCCUUCAUUUGACCCUCACAACUUUAGCCAACUUAGACCCACUGAUCCCUCCAACCCCUCGAAAAUGGCUUUUGCUACUUAUCAUCCUCCUCACAGCCGGACUCUUCCACCUCCUGAUCAAGUGAUAACUACUAAAGCCAAAAAUAUUCUUCUGAGAAAAUUCUAUGAGCGAGCUGAAGAAAAGAGGCCUUCUAUAUGGCAAAUGCUUGUAUGGAGUUGUUGCAUGUAUUCUUCUGAGAAAAUUCUAUGAGCAAGCUGAAGAAAAGGUUGGUAACUAAUAUCUGAUGUCACAUGUUUAACAUUCGACACGUACAUUGGUUCUAUCUGAUUGCUACACGUACUUCUAGCCUCUCACUGGCAUUCUCUUACAGUUGAGACCACAGAGAGCUGCCUCGGAAAAUCUAAUACUAGAGCAUGGUUGCAAGCAGCCGAGGGCUUCUACUUCAUGCUAAGCUUUGUUUACUGUUGGAAGUCCAAUAUACCGGUUGUCAAUGUAAAUACAAGUCAUGUUCUGUCAUGCCCAAUAUGUCAAUUUAUGGAUGAAAGGGACUUGCUAGCUCAUUGCUCUGAAAUUUAGAGCCAUGCAUGUAGACUUGUGGGUAGGAAUCAGAUUUAUAGCUUAAUAAUCAAAUAACAAAGAUUGAGAUGAUUAGUCGUUCGUCACUUUAA